CUGGGGAAUUUCAAUGGAAGAGAAAAGAAGACGGGGAAGUGUGCGAAGAUUUGAGAAAUUUUCAAUGUAGUGUGUGAUGUUGCUGAGUGCGGACGAACUUUUUUGGGUUUUGACAUAGCCAGCUGUGAAAAGUAUUAAUAUUAUUCGAAAAAUUUGUGAAAAUACCCAAUAACAAGUGAAAAUAAUCAUGCAGAGCUAUUGGAAUUUUCCAAUUGAUCCAGUAUUUCAGUGAAGAACUUUACGAUAAUUUUCUUUGCUCGAAAACAAAAGAAAAAAUAAAAGAAAAAUCUUGAAAAUUUGGUGUAAAUCCCACAUUGGUCAGAUCAUUUUUUCAUCAUCAACUUUGGGGGGAGACAAUGUGUGUGCGAUUCUAACCUCAUUCUUAGAAAGUGUGCUCAAAGUGUUAUUUAGAACAAUUUCUCUUCGGCGCGUGAGAGAGAGAUAGCAGAUAACUGUAAAAAAAAAUUUCUACACACUGUGUAUAUUAUUUUAGUUUAUUUGCUCAACAAGUGUGGAUAUAAAAUACAUUUCUUUUUUCUAAUUAAUCUAAUAAUUACCAAUCUGCUACAAAACCACUUAUCUCUUCGUCUUGCAUUUUCUUUUCUCCCUCUACCUAUCUUUUUUUUUUCGUUUGAACCUACGGACAGUAAAAAGUUUACAAAUAAAUAAAAAAACUAAAAACUUGAAAAAAUAAAUUUUAAUCAAGGAGUGGACAAAUAGUGAUUACCAAACUGGAUAUAGCACAGUUUUCUCGGAUCAAAGUCAAAAUGCCACAGCCAAAUUGUCAAUCUAUACGAUAUUGCUGGGAGGCGGAAAAAGUAAAAACCUUGAUACGGUUGAGGGCAGAACUUUCACCACUCUUCACGGGCAAACGAAAUGCAGCCAAAUAUGCUUGGGCUGUCGUGGAACGUGAAUUGAAUGUUCCACUGCCAUUGGCAAAGAUCAUCAAGAAGUGGAACAAUCUUCUGCAAGAAUACAAGGCGAUAAAAUUGUCAGAGGAGCCCAAGAGGCGCGACUGGCCCUUCUUUAACAUGAUGGAUGUGUACUUCAGUGAUCAAGUCAAUGAUCCCACAUUGCGCCUCUUUUCAUCCACCAAGACAUUUGGGGCAGACAAUCUCGAUGAUUGCACAUUUGAGGACAGUAUCGUGAUGUCCAAUGCAAUUGCUGCAGCAACAGCAGCAGCGCACCAAGCAUCACGGGAGGCACGAGAGUCAGCAGAGGCUGCAGACAUGAUGCAAGAUUCAAAAUCCGUGAGUUCACACGAUGACAGUGACUCAACGAAACCAAGUACAGCUGGAAUUGCUGCCCCAUCGACAACCUCAACACCAGUCAGCAACUCCUACAACAAUGGCAUUGGAAUUCGGGAUUACGAUGACCUCAUGGAGUCCAAAUACACCGAGGCUAUGCAACAGCAAAAAGAUGUUUCAGCCCAAGAACUCCUGCAGCAGGCAGAACAUCACAAUAUCGAUCAGUACUUGCUGUCCUGGAACAAUUUCUACGGCAACAUGUGCCGAGGAUUCCACAGUCUACAGAAAGAUGGACAAAUGGUGGAUGUAACAAUUGCAGCUGGGGGAAAAAUCUUCAAAGCCCACAAACUCGUUCUAUCCGUCUGUAGUCCGUACUUUCAGAAAAUCUUCCUCGAACACCCCUCAACACAUCCAAUCCUGUUCAUGACAGAUGUCCAUAGCAAUCACAUGGCAGGACUCCUGGAUUUCAUGUACAGUGGCCAAGUUAACGUAAAGUACGAAGACCUGCCGAAUUUCCUGAAAGUAGCCGAAGCAAUGCAAAUCAAAGGACUCCACAGUGAAAGUACAUCCGAUCCCGAUGAUCCAGCUAAGCAUUCAACCAACAAUAGUGCAAACACAGCCAAUAGCAAUUCUAAACAAUUCAAACAUCCCGCCUAUCCAGGUGUCACAAAUCUCUCAAUGGCAGACUAUCACAGAUCAACUGUGCCAACGAGCACGGGAAAAAGUCCAAAUUUGGCCAGAUCAACACCACCCAGCAGCCUAUCACCGGCCCUUGCAUCAUCCAGACUGUACCAGCCACCACCACCACCACCACAACCCCAAAAUGCUGCCCCAAAGUACCAAAUUCACAGCACAAGUAAGACAAUGUUGGACAAUCAGAAGCACCAAAAGUACUUUUCAAAGCGCAAAAUGGCCACCCCAAUGGAAGUUAUAAGUGGUGACAGUAAAAUAAUGGAUGCCAAACGAAACCGGCUGGCUGAGGACUCAAAUAAAAACUACAAAGCACUGCCACUGACAGAUGAGGAUCUGGUUGAGGAACGCGAACAGCAUGAACGAAAUGUCAAAACUGAACCGGAAAUUGACAAUGACAGCACGCAGGCACAACAAGAAGAAGAAGUUUACUAUGCAGACUCACCGACAGGUGCCGCUGCUGCGGCCAUUGCUGCAACUGCCAAACUCAAACAUUCCAUUCUUGAGUCACAUUUGAGACAAAAUGAAAACAAUGCACUGUCAGGUAAGCUGAAUUUUGCACGACAGAGCAGCUGAAAAUGGUGACAUAACCUACGUCCGGCACAAAUUAUUCCCGGUCGUCCUACAACACUCCUCAAAUCCCUGAUCGCCUGACAUUUCGCAUUUCACUAAGAAUUAUUAAAUAUAAAUAUUAUUUUUUCUCUAUUAUUUGUAAAAAACAAUCAAAAAAUACGAAAAAAUCUUUUAUACAAAGACAAAAAAAACAUUGGAAAAAAAAUCAUUUUCUAGGUAAUGUAUUUAACUAUAAAUUUUCUCUCUAGACCAAUUCUUAUAGUUAUAAUUAUAGCGCUACAUAUUACAUGCUCCACCCUCCUUAUUUUUCAACAUUUUUUUUUCUAAAUGAAUUAUUCAAAUUAUUGUUUCCAGUGGAGGCUGUAAUAUACCAUAAUCAAUACUUUAUUAUAUUUUAUAUAAUUGUAAAAUAAAGGAUUCGACUUUUGUGAAUAGAUUUCUUGUGUAUUCUUUAUCUUAGCAACUUUUCCUCAUUUUCCCACCUUUCAAUUUUCCAUUUUCUUUAUUAUUAUUUUUUUGUAUAAAUAAUUCACUUGUUAUUACCUCUGUUCAAGUUAUUUUCUCUCUUUAACUGCAGUCACCACCAAAGAGUUGUUAUAAUGUAAAUAGAUGAAUUAUGUAAAAGACAAAAAAAGAAACAAGAAUUCCCUCCUUAAACUUUCACUUCCGGAACUCGAUAAUCCUUUAUUUUAGGUUUUAGGCUCGAAAAAACAAAUCCAAAAACAGCCUCAACUUGAAGACAAUAAUUAACAUCCCCCCUCCAUUAAAUGUAUUUUUUUUUGAUCACAUUGGAAAACUUCUAUUUUCGAAGAGGAAAAAUAACCCCUUUUCCAGUGGAUCGAUAAAACAAUUUGUUUUUAGAAAAUCGAAAAUAAAAUUAGCUCGUAAUUUAGAAGUCUUUUUAACUUAUUUUUUUCUUCAUUACUCUCUUAUUUACUAUAAUUAUUUAGUUUAAUUUAUUGAUGUCACUUUUAGUUUGGUACUUAAAUAAAAAGAAAAUCUAUUUGACAUUUGAAAGGAAUACACUGUUUUCGAGAAUGCACUUUCGAAAGAUUCUCGAAAAUUCGAAAAUUCAGUUAUGUAGACAAAAUUUUCUAUUAACCAAUUAUUUGUUUAUUUAAAAUUGAUUCUAAUCGCUUUUUUCUUUAUUUUUUUAAUUUUGGGCAAUUCUAUGGAAAAUUUACCAAUAACUUUUAAUAUACUUCCAAUAAUGUAUAUUUUCUAAUUUAAAAAAAAAACACACGAUAAAUUGAAAUUGUAGGAAAUUGUAAAAUAAAUUUUUCUAUUCCAAUCCUUUCGUACAUUGAUGGAUUACAAUAUAAAUAAAUUUAAGCGAGAAUUAUUGUUAACUAUUGUUAGAUGAUUGAAGAAAAUGACAUAUUUUGUAAAUUACAUGUAAUUUUUAUAAUAAAUUUGUUGCAUUGUA